AUGUCCUCAAAGAAGAAAACGAAGAGAAAUCAUUCCGGAGAUAAAUUACAGGAACACAAAGGCAACUCCCAUCCUCGCUGGAAAUUGCUUCCACUUGAGGAACCAGAUGUCUCAAGGAUAUUGAAGGUAGCGGAAGCAAAUCAACUUGAGGAGCUUGAUGAUUCAUUUGAUCACCCGUUGCACAGUACUGCUGUGGAUGCUUAUGGAGAGGAACAUUCACAAAACGAGUCACUUGGUCAUGUUUCAGCUCCACAAAGGAAAAAUACAGCAAGAAGUAAAAUACCGCAUCGUUCGAAAACGUCUGGUGGUGUUCAGAAAUUCAGCACGGCUCAUCCUGAAGAUGAACCCCUUAAGGAGAACAUGAAGGCUCUGAAUACUGCUCAAUUCCAGGCAAAGAAGCAGCAGCGACCUUCAGAGAAGAACACAUCAGAUCCUGCUG